GUGACUACCACUGAUGACCCGCUUGAGAAACGAGUCAAUAGUGUUGGCAGAUUAAUGCCGCAUGUCGAGUGCGCCACCUCCUCUCCUCCUACUCUCUUUGGGCCGACGCUCGUAGGUGGGGCCCGAGGGGGCUCCGCCACCGGCGGCACCAAGGCCCUCUCCGCAGGGGGGCUCAGUGAACUACCGGUAUCUUGAUACCUUCUGCAAAAGUGCUACUGGAACGAUCCAAUCCGUAAAGCGGGAAUCAGGGCUAAAAACGAGAACAGGAAGUCGUGGAAUCAUGUGAAUGAUUUCCCAGCCACCUGUACUACUUGCUCCCUUCCUUCAUAGAGCUGAUUAAUUGGAUUGGGCUAGGUAGACUAGAGGCCAAGCAGAAUCAGACGAGAACGAAUAUAUCAAGAUUGCCGGGAGAUUAGGAGGUCUGACCACGCGGGGUGGGGAAAACAUUGUGGGUCCUCUAGAAUCUUAGACCGGUGUUGGUAUGGGCUAAUCCUCGAAGCACCCUCUCGAGACCGAAAACUACCUACUUGCCAAUCGAAAGAUUAUCAUGUCUUCAGUUGUAGGGCUUAAGGAUAAAUAUGCGGAGGGGUUUUUGUAGCGUUUGUCAGGAAGGACUAGGAUUUGGCCACGAAUGAGGUUCGGGAGUGGGUUCGCGAGAAGCUGUCGCAUCGUUUGGGUAUGCUAUAACAUGCUCCCAGGUGACACCCGAGGCACAGUAAGGAGAAAGGCUAACGUAGUGAUAGUCCCGAAAUAUGUGUUCUGGGUGGACCCCUGUCCCAAGACUGCCAGUAGGAAGAUACAAAAGUUUGUGUUGGGACAGAUGGGGGUGGAACCAAGUUCUAAAGGGGAGGGA